AUGGGAAACAUUAAUUUAUUAAUUGCAAAUCUUAUUAGUCUCAUAAUUAUAUUUAUGUCAAUAGCAUUUCUUAGUUUUUUUAGAAAGAAGGAUUGUGUAAAAAAAUUAUUUCGAUUAUAUUCAGAAAAACACAUUUAUGAGGAGUUGGAUGAUAGAAAUGAAAAUACAAAAGUGUUUUUAAAUAAAAAAAAACAAAUUUUAAAGUUGUAUAAGAUAAUAAAAUUAACAAAAACAGUAAAAAUUUUUAUUUUCUCUUAUCCUAGUGAAUAUGAAUAUUUAGGUUUGGGUAUUUGUAAGCAUAUAAAAUUUAAUGGUUUAAAUAAGGAAGGUAAAAUAAAAGGAAAAUGGAAUAAUCAUGAUGAUAAGGAAAAAGAUCUUAAUCAAAUAUUUAGAAGUUAUACACCUAUUUAUAUAGAUAAAAAAAAUAAGCACGUCCAUUUUGUUAUCCGCAUAUAUUAUCCAGAUGAUAAUUAUAUAGAUGGUGGUAAAAUGAGUAUGCAAUUAAACAAUUUAAAAUAUAAUGAUAAGUUAGAAAUAUCAGGUCCUUUUGGCUUAUUAGAAUAUAAAGGAAAUAAUGAAUUUGUACAUAUAUCUAAAUCUAUAAAAAAUAAAAAACAUAUAGUUAUGAUUGCUGGUGGUACAGGUAUGACACCUUUUUUUCGAUUAAUAAACCAUUUACUUUUAACAGAAAAUAAGGAAGGGAAUAAUCUAAUUUAUAUAACAUUUAUUUAUGCAAAUAGGAAUGAGGAAGAAAUUUUAUUAAAGCCAAUUUUCGAUGAAUAUGAGAGCAAAUUUGAAAAUAUUAAAAUAGUUUACAGUAUAGAUAAAUGCUUAGAUGAAACAAAAAAAAAUUUAUUUGAAAAUGUUGGAUUUAUAAAUGAAGAAUUAUUGAAAAAAUAUGUUUUAAAGUAUCAAAAAUUGGAUAUAAAAAUUAAUAGUGAUGAUACAUUAAUUUUAUUAUGCGGUCCUCCACCUAUGACUACUUUUCUCCAAAAAAUUUUAAGAGAUCUUAAUCAAAUGGAAAACAUUAUAACCCUUUAA